GAUUUCCGGUGCGGUGGCGCGAAGAGUGAAAACAUCGACCUUAUCCGUGGAGAAUGUUUCGAAAAAUACGAGAAGCAACACAACAAGUACGGUGUUCCUGUCUAUGGCUUCGUGAUCACCAAUUUCCUCCUUAUUGCAAUUGUGUGUGUUAUCUACUCCCAAACAGUGAGAAAUACAGUCGAUCAUUUGUCGUCGAGCAGUCGUGACCGUGAUCCAGAGAGCGGACAGUCGCGCGACCAAGAAAGCCCAACAAGACAAACAACAAAUUGCGGACACAGGCUUUUUAUAGCUUACUGUUGUCAACUAUCUACGAGACUUGUUCUAGGAGUUCUCUUCAUAUUGCUGCAAACUCAGUUGCUUUAUCCUUUAAAGUUUUCCUCCACGUUUGAAUGUUGCUUGAACUCUGGAAACAAUCCGCCGAAGAAUUCAUCGGACGCCGCCCCAAACAGUACUUUACACAAAUGUCACAAUCAACGAGCGAUAAAGAAAACCUUUUGGAUGAACGCUGUCCUUGCAGUGAAUGGAAUUUUUGACGCUGGCAUUCUGAUUGAAAUCGUCUACAUUUUGAUACAGGCAUGGAUAGAAAGGAAUUUUAUGCAAGACUCAGACUUCCUAAAAACCUAUCUAAAUGCUAACCAUGAAGGAACGAGCGGACAUGAUAAGCCUAAACAGCUUCAAUCAUUCAUCGCACGAACGAGGAAAAUCAUUGAGGAAGACACUCGAUGCCUCUACGAACUCCAAUCACCGUUUCGACGUCCUCCAGGCGAGGAAACAAAAGCCAAAGAUUUGACUUUGGAUCAGAUUUACACAAACCUUGUUAUCAUUCCCAACAGGGCUCACUACAACUUUACUACAGACAGACAAGAGCAACUCAAAGUUUAUCCAAGGUCGCGCGACGAAGAAUCACAUCCGAAAAGCCUGGAAGACCUCCUAAAUGAUAAAAAUAAGAAAGUAUUGAUUGUCGGUCGCCCCGGAAUUGGCAAAACAUUAUGUUGCAUCAAACUUCUCAGAGACUGGGCAUUUGAGAAAGUCAAAUCCCAAAUCCAAUUUGAUGCUGCUUUCUUCGUAAAAUUCAGAAGAUUCAACUCGGCAGACGACCUUAGCCUCAGGGAACUACUCACUCGGUCAGAACAUUCCAUCUCAGAUCACCUGGAUGAUGAGGUCUGGAAUUACAUCCUGCAGCACCCUGAAGGUGUCCUCAUACUUUUUGACGGAUUUGACGAAUUCAAAGAUAACGCAAACAUGGCCGUGGCGCCUUCUCAUCCCGGAAGCAUUAAAGACAAGAUGCCGCUACAAAUCCUUUAUCAGUGGCUUGUGACUGGGAAACUUCUUGAGGAUGCUUCAAUUGUAACGACUACUAGACCUACGGCUUUGACCGGUAUCACACAUCUUAAUUUCGACAAAACCUUUGAAAUCUUAGGGUUUUCAACCGAGCAAAUUCAAGAGUAUAUCAACAAAUUCGCCGGAGUUGACAAUCAAGUAGGCGAAACACUAUGGCGACACAUCAGCAGCAACAUGAACUUACUUUCGCUCUGUUAUAUCCCUAUGAACAGCUUCAUCGUGUGCUCAAGUCUGUCACAAAUAUUGCAGUUCGAAAGUUCCGCUAGUGUUACCCUCCCUUCCAAAUUAACCACGAUAUACAAGAUUGCAGUGAAAGUAUUUUAUUUCAAACACACGAAAGAAUUCCGCGAUAAACAUUUUACCCGCGAAGACUUUCUAUCAGACGAUUUUCCCUCGGCUGUGGAGGAGAAAUUCGAGAAACUAGGAAAAGUGGCGUUUGAAGGAAUCGAAGAAGGAAAACUGAUCCUUGGUGGAAACGAAGUACGCGAAAUGAAAGACAACGCCCUUUUUCACCGCUUACCCGACUGUGAAAAUGCCGCGUUAAAAGAUGAGAAACAAUUCUGUUUCAUUCAUCUUACAAUGCAGGAGUUUUUCGCAGCGCGGCACCUGACAAACAACAUGAAAGAAAGAGAAUUAAGGAACUUUGUUUCCGAGAACAUCAAGAACGGCAAAUGGCAGUUGGUUUUUCAGUUUCUGGCGGGACUAAUGGAGGAGAAAAAUCACCUACCAAGCGAAAUCCUCACUGACCUUCUUCCUGUGCAAACUGAAGACAAAGAAAACGAAGCCGAAGAAAGCGAAGACAAAAUGGUGACCUGCUGGCCGACUAAAGACGAAAACGAUUCAGCAGUGACAUUGUUUAAAUGCAGUAACGAAAGUAAUAAAAUGGAGUCGAUAGUUCAGAGAAAACUACAACAAAUUAACUUUAAUUGUGUAAAUUUUAUUGAUUGUCACCUCACAGCUGUUGAUUGCUCUUCGUUAGUAAAUGUAAUCAAGAAUAUUCAACAAAUUUCACAUUUAGAUUUGAGUUUCAAUAACAUUGGUCCAUUAGGUUGUUUUGAGAUUUCUAAAUUGUUAAAACGUAGGGAAUUUCAUCUGAGCUCGUUAAACCUCACAAGAAAUCAACUGACAGAUGAAGCAGCAAAGUAUUUAGCUGAAGCCAUCAACAGCAACAACAGUCAGCUACGCACGUUAAACCUCUCAGAAAAUAACAUCUCACACAUCGGAGCACGGCACUUGGCUGACGCCAUCAACAACAACAACUGUCAGCUACGCACGUUAAACCUCUCAAAAAAUAACAUCUCACGCAUUGGAACACGGCACUUGGCUGAAGCCAUCAACAACAACAACUGUCAGCUACACACGUUAAACCUCACAAACAAUAACAUCUCAGACGUUGGAGCACAGUACUUGGCUGACACCAUUAACAAAAAAAACUGUCAGCUCCGCACGUUAGACCUCUCAGUAAAUAAAAUCUCAGACAUUGGAGCACAGUACUUAGCUGAAGCCAUCAACAACAACAACAGUCAGCUACGCACGUUAGACCUCUCAGUAAAUAACAUCUCAGACAUUGGAGCACAGCACUUAGCUGAAGCCAUCAACAACAACAACUGUCAGCUACGCACGUUAUACCUCUCAAUAAAUAACAUCUCAGACAUUGGAGCACAGUACUUAGCUGAAGCCAUCAACAACAACAACAGUCAGCUACGCACGUUAGACCUCUCAUUAAAUAACAUCUCAGACAUUGGAGCACAGCACUUAGCUGAAGCCAUCAACAACAACAACAGUCAGCUACGCACGUUAGACCUCUCAGCAAAUAACAUCUCAGACAUUGGAGCACAGCACUUAGCUGAAGCCAUCAACAACAACAACUGUCAGCUACGCACGUUACACCUCACAGCAAGUAACAUCUCAGACAUUGGAGCACAGCACUUAUCUGACGCCAUCGACAACAACAACUGUCAGCUA